UUUAUGAAACAUUUUGAAACGAUUUUACGCUGUAAACGGGCUCCCAAGUGUGAUUCGGCAAUAGUUUCUUUCUUUGGCUAAAUUAACAAGGAUGUGUAUCACGAGAUUGUCUUGAAAACCGGUCCGUUUUGAUAACGAUCGGCAUAAAAAUAAUAUAAUUCGCGUUUAGGAAAGAGAAACGACUAAACAUUGUAGGGUUAGGUUGGACACUUUCCCAGAAGCUGGCUAAUCAAAGCGUUUCCAAUCGAAAAUGAGCCACGACUUCCUACCGGAGUGGUUGGAUCUUUUCCUGGAUGACGUAGAAACUACUUUAUGCCUGCCGAUAUUACUCGUUAUGGUUUUUUGUACCGUUCAGUUCAUAAUCAAUCAUACGAUGGAUAUCGGAUGUACCAUUUAUCAAAAUAUACAACAAAAAUCUGACGAUGAAUCUGAUGAGGAUACCGAGAAGGAGCAGGGACCAGAUAUAUUGAGUAGAAUUAAAGGGUUCUUUUAUAAUCUUACUUCUCAACACAAUGCUACUUCCAUUCACGAGGACGAAAGUUUAGCUUCACAACCGCUUAGGCCGAAUUGCAAGGAAGAGGAAUGGGAUUACUGCGAAGAAGAUGACGAAUAA